UCUCACUGAUUAAUUAGAUACUAAAUUAAUUUCAAAGACAGAAGUGGAUGUUGGUGGUGAGUUAUAUUCCAACCAAAACAGCAAACCAUCCGUUACAUGGAACCGACAGCCCUCGCUAAACACGUUUUCGACUACUAUCAGCUUCUGUUUUUUCAGGACUCAUCCCCAUAUGUCGACCACAUGCACAAUAAUCGUUUUCCUCGGGCCUCCCAACAGGAGAUGAUCUGCCUCCUUCGCCCUUUUACUGCGGCGGAUAUCUAUCGGGCGAUCAUGGAUAUGAAACCCUUGCAAGCCCCUGGCCCGGAUGGAUUCCAAGCUUUGUUCUACCAAAGUAACUGGGUUAUGGUGGGUAAGACUUUGACUAAAAUGGCUUUGGAGUUUUUUGAUACGGGACAGCUCGCAGAAUCAAUCACGGAGUACCUUGGUCCUCAUUCCCAAAGUGGACAGACCCUAAAUGGUAACGCAGCUUAGACCAAUCUCGCUCAACAAUGUGAGUCUGAAAACCAUUACCAAGGCGAUGACUCACCGCCUCAAGCCCGUUAUGCGGAAGUGGAUUUCUCCAAGGCAAAGCAGCUUCAUCCCAGGACGACAAACGACAGAAAAUAUCAUCGUGGUCUAAGAGAUUCUGCACUCCCUCAGGAAGCGAAAAGGGCGAAGAGGUGGAGUGGUAAUAAAGAUUGACAUGGAGAAGGCGUACGACAGACUUCGAUGAGACUUUCUCCGAGACACCUUGAUGGAGAUCGGUCUUCCCAGCUCCUGGAUCAACUGCAUCAUGUUCUGUGUUGAAAAGAAUAAGAUGCGCAUAGCCUGGAAUAAAGAGCUCUCAAAUGCUCUCACCCCCAGCAGAGGUGUUCGACAGGGAGAUCCUCUUUCCCCCUAUCUCUUUGUUUUGUGCAUGAAACGUCUUUCUCAUAGAAUUGAUCAGGCCAUCGAGGAGAAACGAUGGAAACCCUUGACGCUCUCCCCCGAUGGCCCAAAACUCUCCCAUCUGUUUUUUGCAGGUGAUCUUAUGCUCUUUGCGGAGGCGGGGCUUGGUCAGAUAGCAACUAUUAAGGAGUGCAUGGAGGAGUUUUGUUCUAGCUCGGGACAACGAGUGAACCUUCAGAAAUCGCUGAUCUUUGUCUCGCCUAAUGUGUCGAUAGACACCGCUGCUGCCUACAGCAAUAGGGCAGAGAUUUCUCUCACCUCAGAUAUAGGGAGAUAGCUGGGUGUCAUGGCCAUUAAUUCUAGAGUCACCAAAGACCGAUACAGAGAGCUAAUCCCGAAGGUUCAGAAGAAGCUCUCAUCCUGGAAAGCUAAGAAACUCUCUCUUGCUGCUCGUUUAACUCUUGUACGUUCAGUCUCUACCUCCAUCUCUGUUUAUUCCAUGCAGACAGAGAUGCUCCCAUCCUCAGUAUGCAAGAAGAUUGACAAGAUCAACAGGAAUUUCCUUUGGGGCGACACAGAGGACAAAAAACACUCUCACCUCGUGGGAUGGAAGAAGCUCCUCGAACCGAAAGAGAAUGGAGGAGCUGGUCUUCGUUCGCUAAGACAUUCAAAUACAACGCUCCUGGCAAAAAGCGGAUGGAGGGUUCUGCAAGAGAAAGAUACUUUGUGGACUCAAGUCGUGCAGGGGAAGUACGGACGGAAUAGAGAAGGAUGUGCUUGGAACAUUUCAAAUGGGAAGAACACCAAAUUCUGGACUGACAUUUGGGCUUUGCAGGUACCACUGAAGGAUGUUGCAGUGUCGCCGAUCUCGGAGAUGGAGACUCAGAAACCAGUAGCUGCUUACAUGAAUGACGACGACCAAUGGCGGGUGGAGCUCUUCCAACAAUGGCUGCCAACGGAUGUCAUGGAUAAGAGCACGACGAUAGCUACAGAUCCGCUCUCUACAGAAGAAGACAGAUUAUACUGGCAGCCCACCUCUACCGGGGAUUUCACAGCUAAAUCUGCUUACCGGAUUGCCUUUCCUGCGCCCCAGACUACGGAUCGGCAGACCUGGAAAGCAGUGUGGAACCUUCAAGUUCCGAAGCGCGUUAGACACUUCAUCUGGCUGGGUCUUCUCCAUCGCAUCAACACAAACAAAAGGAGGUUCGAAAGGCACAUAGCUCCUAAUCCUUUUUGUCCCAGGUGUGUUAAUGUGCCAGAGACCGAGCUUUAUAUCCUGAGGGACUGCCCGACCUCCCUCUUCUAUUGGACAAGGGAGGUGUCAGCAAACAACAUGGUGGAUUUCCUGACAGCAGACCUUGAUAAGUGGGUUCGCACGAAUAUCCUUAACACGAAGACAGACAGUAAUGGCGUCCCCUGGGCCUCAAGCUUCAGCAUUGCUCUGUGGACUCUUUGGAAGAACCGGAACGAAGGUGUCUUCAACGAUGGUAGCAAGUUUUUGUCUCCCCACUCUCUGCGGCAUGCUAUCCACCUUAAGGUUAAUCUUUGGCACUAUGCCUGGAUGGCUCCCUCACCGUUGCAGCUUCGUGGUAAUCGAAAGCCGGACAGGGUCGAGGCGGAUGUUGGCUGGAGUGCACCACCUAGGGGUUGGUGUAAACUUAACGUUGAUGGAGCUUCUCAAGAAAACCCCGGGAAGGCGGCAACAUGAGGAGUCUUCAGGGAUGAUCAACGACGAUGGCUGGGGGGGUUCUACUACUCCAUUGGUGACUGUUCGCCGGCUUGUGCAGAGCUUUGGGCUAUUAAGCAGGGUCUUGAGAUGGCGUGGAGGAGAGGAUUCAGGCCCCUCAUUGUUGAGUCUGAUUCCUGGCUAGCUAUUGACUUCAUUCAGCAUAGAUUCGACCAUGUUCACCCCUUUGCCUCUCUUUUGAGAUCUAUCCGCAGGUUGCUUGCGCAAGACUGGUUGGUCAAUAUAGUACAUACUUACCGUGAAGGGAAUAGAGUCGCGGACUGGCUCUCGAAGCACGGUCUCGUCUAUCCCCAUGGUAUGUAUGAACUAGUUGACGCGCCAACCCCUUUAAUGCACAUUCUCCAGGAUGAUGAACGAGGUGUGGUUUUACCUCGAAACAUUGUCCAUUUCUCCCAAACCCCAUGUAACCCUUUCUUUGUUCUUGGCGUUUGCCUACAAUCGAUCCAAAAAGAAAAACCAUCCGUUACAUGGAUCGCAGUUCCUCAAAGCCCACAAAUUAAGGUUGGUUGAGAAUUAGACACCUAGAGUAUACUAUAGGUGUUUUAGUCCUGGCUAGUGUUGACAAUCAGCACGCGAUGGCAUCAAAAAACUUGUCAUUUUCCUUUCCGUUUGCUCCCCAAUAGCAUGCAUAAAAAAAUAAACACGAAAAUGAGUUUGGGUUUUGGGCACAAGAUUAAGCCGCACCACACAUCCUUAAUUUCCCAACAAACUCUGCCUCUCAUACUGGCUAGCUACUUACUACUACUUUCACCAUAACCCUAGCUAGCUAGUCUAUAAUUGUCGCCGAAAUUGAUGUUAUCGAUACUCUGCUAUAGCUACUCAACUUGGUUGAUGGAGCGAUGCAGUGGCCGGGCGGCGGACUGCAGUGCAGGUGGCUCCGCGGCCUGCGGUCGGGGCGUUAAUGGAUAGUUAGUUUAGUUGCAUUGGGACCGCAAAUUAUUAUCGAAAUUAUAAAACGCGGCUGCGGCCGGCGAGUACUGAUCGAUCAGUAUUUAAUCAGGCGCCAAUGGAAGCAGAGAGGAGGAGAGGAGAGAGGGAGAGAGAGAGAACAGAAAGAAAGAAAGAAUGAAAAAUGUGCAUGCGCGCCUUCGAUCUGCUGGGUCUGGUCUGGUCCCUUUGCUAGUUUCACGGCCAUAACCCAAUACGUACAGCUCUCUAGCUCUGCAGAACGUACAUAUACAAGAUACAUUCCAUGCCAAAUAAAACUCAAAAAUCGAGAUUAGUCAAUUCUCAUGAUGCAAAUAAUGACAAAUGAUAUAUAGAAGGGUAAUACGGUGAUUUGGAGAAAACGGUGGACCGCUCCUGAAAAAAUGGUCGAUCGAACGACGUAACUACAUCAUAAAGGGAAAUUACGGUCAAUUAAUGAAACACAAUGGUCGACUUUUAGGCCAUUACUUUAUCGGUCUUAGAUAGGGAUUUAAUGAUCACUUCACUAUAAAGGUUUUCGGUACUGUAAACAUGGACUUUGCUAUCACUUCAUAUGAGUCGAUAGCAGUACAAACCUCUAUGAAUAACCAUCAAGUUAUUAGUUUGUCACUCCAAUCAUUGUGGCUCUUGAACUAGCUCAAGAAGAAAAGAUGUAAGAACAUCGAAAGUAGUUAUUUGUGCAAUACAUGUUGACAAGAACACGAGUAGCACAACAUUGAUUUUUAUUUUUCACAAUGAGAAUGUAAAAAACAGUAAGAAAAUCAACGAGAUUCAUAAAAGUCAUAUGAAAUCCGAAAAGAAGAAUUUCCACUCGAUGAUGCAUCGUGAACGAAAAUCACAUCAUAGCAACUAGGGUGGGCAGUGGGCAACGAUCCUGUUCACCCCAUAUGGAAUCGUUCCGAUUGAUAUUUGGAACGAAACUGACCGAAUCGGAUAUAUUUUGAUUUGAUUUUGGUCUUAUAAAUUAUUUUACGUAUG